AACGUGUGCCACAUUCAAAUCUGAACGGAACCCGGGUCAGCCUCUCCGUUGAACGCCGUAAGAAAACGGCACGGAAAAGCGUGGUCGAACGCGCGAAUAGAAUAAUCCUGCGUUUAAUAAGUUCGAACAGUGUUCGUCUAUUUGGAGAAUAAAAUAUUAUUCUUCUUGAUCAUCAUUAAAUCACCCCAUCUUAAUAGCAUGUCCGUUAAGUUCGCUCGCUCGCUCGUAUUCGCGUUCACGCAGUGAGUAAAAAAAAAAAAUAAAAGAAAAAAAACGUGGCGCGUCCACUUCAUCUAUUCGUCCGUCCGUUCGUGAGUUCGUUUCGUUCCGUUUCGUCUCGUUUCGUUUCGUUCCGUUCCGUCGUUCAUUUGUUCGUUCGUGUAUUCGUACGUACGCGAGUGUUAUAUGUACAAAAGAGAUCGAGAGCGAAAACGAGAAACACAGGAUUUGAAAUAAACGCGACGACGAGCAGCACGAGCAGCGCGCCCUAUCUCAGAGGAAAUCCUAUUGGAUUCUUCUUAAUAUUGUCCUAUCUCCUGUUUCUAUCUUUCUAUCUCUCCCCUUCUUUCUCCCUCUCUUUCUUUCUUUUUUCUUUCUUUCUUUUUUCUUUCUUUCUUUCUUUCUUUCUUUCUCUCUCUAGUUUUGUUUAACUCCAUAUCUCACUUCUCUCUUUCGUGUCGCGUAUGAAUUUCGCGGUUAUAUGUAGACCGGCGGCCGAUGUAAAUGUCACGAAUAAUAAAUAAGGGUAGUGCCUUGACCGUGGGUCGAAAGUGUCGCUCAAAGGGGCGAAAUUAUGUGCAUGGACGUUCAGACUAACGAGAAGAAGGAGAAGAUGAACGACAGGAUCAUCGACGAGGACGUGCAGAUCGUCGAAGCCCGUGUUACAAGAGUAAAAAGGCACAUAGGAAUAAAAUCGAUGUAGGUCAGUGGAGAAGGAAAAGGGAGAAAAGAAUCUCGAAUCGGGAUCGUUCGAAAUAAUAGCGAAGAUAGCGAGGAGCAUUUGCGUUGUGUCGCGUUGAAGGGAGUCCCGGAAGCAGAAGAAGAGGAAGAAGAAGAAUAAGAAGAAGAAGAUGAGGAAAAGAAGAAGAGGAAGAGGAACAAGAAGAAGAAGAAGAAGACAACGAAGAGAAAGAAAAAGAAGAAGAAGAGGAAGGAGGGGAAAGAAGUCGCCUCUGAGUCUCGACAAUUCGCGUGUACACAUACACCUCAUGCAGUACGAAGAAUAAGAAGAACGGUGUGCCGUGAGGAAGGAAGGAAUGAGUAUGUGAGGGAGGAAUGAGUGAGCGAGCGGGUGAGGUUAGGAAGGGAGGAGGUGGAGGUGGAGGAGGAGGGGUGUCGCGGAAGGGUGAGUGGGGGAGUACAGUCAAUGGCAAAAGUUGACUGCAUUGGAUGUGUGACAUAGGACCGGCUAAAGCACAGAGAGAGAGCACACGGCGGCAAUGUCUAGUAUCUCGUGCAGCUACAGCCGGACGGCUUGAUGUCGAGGCAUGACCCAUCACCACCAUUACCACCGUCAUCGUCAUCGUCAUCGUCUUCUUCAUCACCAUUAUCAUCAACAUCACUACCACCACCACCACCACCACCACUACCACCACCACCACCACCACCACCACCACCAUCACUGGAUGGAGGAUUGAAGAUUCACGGGAAGUCGCGAAAUGGCGCUUUCCACGAAUAGGAGCAACGUCUUCAGAUCAGACGUUGAGGUUUCGUCCUCCUCCAGAGGUAUAUAAUGUUUCUCUCUCUCUCUUUCUCUCUUACGCGGGGGCACGCUCGCGCCACCUGGUUUGAUGAUGGGUGGCGAGGGGAGAGCGUGAAACUGCGCCACGGUGUAUCAGGGAGGUAGGGAGAGAGAAAGAUAGAAAAAGAGAGGGAGUGGGAGAAAGAGAGAGAGGGGGGGAACGAGAAGUGGGUGGGAGAUCAGAGAGAAAGAGAGAGCGAGAAGGGGAGUUUUCUGUGCGGUCUUGCAUCGUGUAACGUGGUCUUCGACGUCGCUGCCACCGCCACCACCACCUUCACCGCUGCCGCCGCUGUCAUAGUAGUCGUCGUCGUCGUCGUCGAAGUCGUCGAAGUCGUCGUCGUCGUCGUCGUCGUCGUCGUCGUCAUCAACAGCAACAAGAACAGCAAGAGCAACAAUAGCCGUCGCCGUCGUCGUCGUCGUUGUCGCCGUCGUCGUCGACGGCGCAGCACGUCGUCGUCGUCGCCGUCAUUGUCGUCGUCAUCAUCGUCAUCGUCUCUCAGUCAAGCGACGCGAGCUUUUUGAACUACUCCUGCUCCUCCUCCUUCUCCUCCUCUUCCUCCUCCUCUUCCUUCUCCUCCUCCUCUUCUUUUUUUUUUCUUACCGGUACGUGGUUUUUCGCGCAUGUAAUUCGUAAAAGAGAAGAGUCAGCAGCAAUAACAACAACAACAACAACAACAACAACAACAACAACAACAACAACAACAACAACAUCACCAUACACACACACAACGGCCCACUGUCGAUUUAUAGUCGUUCGGUGAGGAUAUGAGGAACGACUUCGCUGCGGACGUACCCGUUGCGAGCGCCGACAGCAGCACGGACGCCAUAUGGCUCGAGAAAAGGACUCCUUCCACGACCAGUGCACACGAUCGAGUGUCAAAUUAAAUUGGGAUCUAAUGGGAACAACGCGGCCUUGGCAAGAUGAAGAACGAGAAUGCUAUGUUCUAUGUAAUAAAGGUUUCGAUAAAGUUGUCGUUAAACAAGAACGCCCAGAUGAAGCGGAGAUCCGAGAAUUGGCUGCCAAAAUGGUGGAAGCGAACAAGGCGAAAAUGGUCUCGGCGGCGGCGGCAGGAGGAGGAGGAGGCGGAGGAGGAGGAGGUGGAGGUGGAGGAGGAUCAGCACAGCAAAGAGGAGCCGCCAGUCAGUGUUUAUCUUCGUCGCAGGCUAAUCUUCCUGGAAUCCUUGGAUAUUUAAACAAGCGUCCGGCCGAUUCAACUGUAUCGAAAACAACAGGAUCGACGGCUACAGGAGAGGGGGGUAAAACCCCUUUGGACGAUGAAAGUCAAAGGGGUAGAUUCGGAUGGACGAGUUUCGAUGAGUGUCACAUACCUUACAUAUUCCGUGCCGGUGAAAAAUAUUGCGCGGUACGAAUCCUAGAGUCUAAGCUGUUGAACAAGUACCUGAGUUACCUGCACUCGGAUAUCUAUAGCUGUACGUGCAUAAGAAGUUACUAUAUUACGGAUGCCGAGAGUAAGCUUUUCAACGAGAUUAAUAUCAAGCAUUGCGAUAAUCAAUUUGGAAGGGAUCAGUUUACGUGCAAGGAUCUCGUAGUGAGGUUAUCCGAUGCUAAAGAAUUCUAUACAUUUUUGGAUGUGUGUUAUACAAAGUUAACGGCCGGCGCGAAUCCGAACGUAACGGGGAGGCACAAGGCCGAGAAGUGUGGUUUCAUACGAAUAAAUAAGGAAUCUGUGGUACCUUAUACGGUGAAGGACGGUCUCCAAUACGUACCCCUAUUUUAUUUCGAGGGCGAAACGGAGAAUUUGAAGUUGAAGGCGGAAAAACUUGAAGGUUGGGACCUUUCGUAUUUGAAGUUUUGUUGCAAGGUACAGGGUAUAAGAAAUGAACUCUUUGCAAGUGAGACAUGCUCCGUGAUCAGUUUGAGUGAUAUUAAAAGUUACUUUCCCCCUGAUACGGGGUUCGAAGAUUAUUGGCCGAACAAAGUGAUGGACUCUCAGUUGUUAGUGAGUAGCAAGGGUGGUGGGGGCGGUGGCGGAUGGACCAGACAACCGCCUACGCCACCGGUGUCGAAGACAACAUCCGUACAAAAUAAUACGAGUAAAGCGAGCCUUAAUUCGCGUGCGGGCCCUUUACAGACAAUAUUACCACGUGGAUCUAGUGCUACGAAUGCAGCUCAAACGCAACGAGUUAGUCAGUCAAGACAAACUCCUGCUACGACGCAUCCCGCUCAUUCCUCGCCAUCGUCUCUUCCAUCUGGGAGAUCCAGUAUCCCUUCUCAACCGAUGUUGAACGUUGUACAGGGUGUAGUCAAUGGGUGGUCUGGACUCGUUGGUGGACAACCGACUUUCCAAACUGCUCUUGUCUCUCAGGCUAAUUCUCUCAUACGUACACCACCUCCAUUAAACAUGCACAAUAUAUCUGCGUCAAGCAAAACCUAUACUACUCAUCAGUCAAGAAGUAGAGGGGGUGGUGGCGGAGCAACGGCUCAGUACCCUGGAGUUUAUCCAGUUACUACUAUGCAAGCCGUUGCUCAGGCCCAACCACCCCCUCUUGUAAGAGCAACGGCGCACACCAGUCAACCUAAUCUUGGUUAUCCAACCUAUGGGAAGGAUGACUGGGUAACUACGACAUAUACAACACCUUCCUUGGGUGUUCCUGAUGCAGUCACAGCCAGAACGUAUCCACAAAUGAUUGGCUUAAGUGAACAGGUACAAGCCCUUAUGCCUGCUCCUACAUCAGCAUCAACGUUAUUAGCACGUCAGCAAAGGCAUACACCACCCGUUCACAAUACAUCCCAUGCAAAAUAUCCACCACCUUUAAUACCAGUGAAUGGAAGUAGUAAUAAUUCCAGGGAUUCAAGAGGAAGAAAAGCUUUGAUAAAUAUAUCGGAAACGCCUCUGUCUAGUUGCCAAGCGCAACCAUAUCAAGUCCAAAAGGCAUUAAUAGAAGACAAAAUGGUACCUUGUAUCAACUUUAAACCAUAUAUCUACUCUGAAUUGUUGAUGACACUCCCAGAUUUUGUGUCUAAUUAUUUUCCUGCCUGCGACAUUAACAGUUGUAGACAAGUUCUUACGGAUGUCUUAAACAUAGAUUUAUACCAAGGGAAUAGACUGCAAAUGAAAAUGUUGAUGGAAGCAGGAAAAUGCUCUUCUUUAAACGAAGAAUUACCACUAAUUCAAGUAGGAAAUAUUAUGAAGUACAUGCCUCAGUUUAAGUACAUGUUUAACAGAGACGAUAUGGUGAUGCCUGCACCAGCACACUCUUCUGAAGAUCACCAACCGAAAAAACGACAACGUACUAGCUAGGACUGGCUACAGCCUUACUGGCCUACUUACGAUUACUAUCAUCCGGCAUUUUAAAUAAGCCGAUAAAACACAUUGACUGAGACGUAAUUACAAUGCACGAUCUUAAGAUCUACAAAUCUCAAAGUCAGAAAAAUACAUACUUGGCAUUAUUGCUUUGAGCAAUAUGAUCACCUGAAUUUCGUGUUUGAGUACAAGAGAUCUGUGACAUAUAGUCUGAGAGAGCCAUUUCUUUCUCCAAAGCAUAUCUUUAUACUAAUGAGAAACAUAAUGCUUGUAAAUAAAGUCAUACAACAAACAAAAAUUGGAGAUGCGCGCGAUUGAUAUUAUUAUAUUGUGUUCUAUGUGAUGUUUUGUUAAAUGUUGCUCUAGCAACGUUUGUUUCGAUUAUCUCAAAAGUUUCGUACUAUUAAAUCGUACUACAAUAAUUUCUGUACUGUAAAAAGGAAAAAGAAAAAAAUGAUAUAUGACAAGCAUCUCUUUUAACUUGUUCGAGAUGAUAUUUUCUGUAAAUAAAACCUGUCCACAUUCUCUCUUUAAACGUGUCCUUGGAGAAAGAAUGCGCUAAAAUAUAUCUGAGAUGAUAUAAAUAAGUUGUUGAGGUCGUUCUCAAAGGAUGCACCAUAUUCGAUAUCUAAAUGGAUAUCAAAAUGCCUAUUGCAUAUUAGAGUGAAUAUAUAUAUAUAUAUAUAUACAUAUAUAUAUAUAUAUAUAUAUAUAUAUAUAUAUAUAUACAUAUACAUAUACAUAUAUAUAUAUAUAUAUAUAUAUAUAUAUAUAUAUAUUUAUAUAUAUUAAAAAAAAAAAAAGAAAAAUAUACAUUGGCAUUUGUACAUUUGAAAGGUGGAGGUAAUGCUUCUUCAAGUUCCUAGUUGUUACUAAUGUGUAUCCUGAUAAAUAGCUGCAUUAAUGGUUUUUGAAUCCUUUGAUUCAUAUUUUGACAUAAAAAAAAAAUUAACAGAGAACAACCUAUUUUGAAAGUUACAAUUUUUAAUUAGUAAUAUUUCAAAGGUGUGCAUACUCUAAAAACGUCAGAUUAUAAGAGAAUUUUUUUUUUCAUCUAUUAUCAAAUGCUUAUAUUUAUUAAAAACAGAACGAUUAUAUGAAACCAGUGAGAAGAAUCCUUGAGAAGAACAGACGUUCAACUUUCUUCUAUUUUAAUGCACCGUACACAGGAUUGCAGUAACAUAGGUUUUAAUAAAGUAUUCAACAUUUAUGAAAUGUUCUUUAUAAUAAAUAAAAAGAAAAAAAAAUGAGAAAAGAACGAAAAACGAGUAAAAACAACAGCAGCGAUAGCGGCAGUGGCAGCAGCUGUCACAACAGCAAUGGCAGCAGCAGCAGUAGCAGGAACAACAACAACAACAACAGCAGCAGCAGCAGCAGCAGCAGCAGCAGCAGCAGCAGCAGCAGCAGCAGCUUAGGAUACAUUAGGUCUUUACAAUAUGAUAACAAUCAAUGGACUAUAUGUCAUCAUAAUGUAAAAUUCGUAUGUAAGAUAAUUAACGUUAAUUUAACCAUUCCAAGAAGAAGAAAAGGAGGAAGAAGAAAAAGAAGAAGAAAAAGAAGAUUAUAGAAUAAUAAAAUUCUUUCGAAAUUUUUUUCUCUUCAUUUACAACAUUUCUUAAUGUUAUAAAGCGAACAAAUGUUAUGUAUAUUACAGAAAGAAGAUACAACAUAUAUAUUGCAUUCGUUGUAAA